UUUUUUUUUUUUUUUUUUUUUUUGUCAAAACGUCCUGAAAACUGAAACGUUUCAGCGAAGGCCUAUGGAGCCACGAGGGAUUGUCAAAGCCUUUCCCAAGAGGAAGAAGGUGAGGGAUGACUCGGAGAAAAGCAUCCCUCCAAAGAUCCCGAAAGAGCAAGGAACAGAGAUACCUGAGGCAGAGUGGCUGAAACCAGUCAUCGCCUACGUGUUGCAAGCCGGCAUUGGCCGGGCCAGGGCUGAGAUCUUCCGCAGGCAGAUUGUCCAGAAUGGGGGUGUGGUUCACAGCCAGCUCUCCCCGGAGGUGACACACGUCAUUGUGGCCGAGGACAUGGACUGCGACCGCGCCUUUCGGCUCCUCAGAUUAACCAGGCUGCCCCCGGGGCUGCAGCUGGUGAAGGCAGCCUGGCUUAGUGCUUGCAUUAGAGACCAGAAGCUGCUGAGUACUGCUGGCUAUGGUGUCUUUAUCCCUCACAGAUACCUGGAGGAGGAAGAAUUCCAGAAAGAACAGCAACAGAUCCUAGACAGAGAAAAAAUCCAGCCCCCAGCAGAGGAGGGAGCAGUGAAACCAAGUACUGAAUCACAGGUGGAGGAUUCCUCACAGCAAGGCUUGGGCACCCCUGCACAGCAGCGACUGGCUGAGAAAUACUCUGAUGAUGAAGACAGUGAAGGAGAAGAUGCUGGUGUCACCCAGGGAGACCUGGAAGCAUUGAUUUCUGGCCGCUACCCUGUGAAAUCAUCAGAGGAGAUCAGUGAUAGCUCUGACACAGUGGCCCAGCCUCCCAGCAAGUGGGUUUGUGCCCAGUCUUCCAACACCAAGAAGGAAAAUCACAACCAAUGCAUCACAGAGAAGCUGGAAGUGCUGGCAAAGGCUUACUCUGUCCAGGGGGACAAGUGGAGAGCUCUGGGAUACUCCAAAGCAAUCAAUGCGCUCAAGAGCUACCACAAACCAGUCACCUCCUACCAGGAAGCCUGUAAAAUCCCUGGGAUUGGGAAGCGGAUGGCAGAGAAGAUCCUGGAGAUCUUGGAGAGUGGGCACCUGCGCAAGCUGGAUCACAUCAGUGAGAGUGUGCCUGUGCUGGAGUUAUUUUCCAACAUCUGGGGAGCAGGGGUCAAGACAGCUCAGAUGUGGUACCAGCAGGGUUUCCGGACACUGGAUGACAUCCGCACCAAGGCCACUCUGACCAGCCAGCAGGCUGUGGGGCUGAAGCACUACACGGAUUUCCUGGAGCGCAUGCCUCGGGAGGAAGCUGCAGAAAUAGAGCAGACUGUCAGACAAGCUGCCCUGGCCCUGAAGCCUGGCCUCGUGUGUGUUGCCUGUGGCUCCUACCGUCGGGGGAAGGCCACCUGUGGAGAUGUGGAUGUGCUGGUCACUCACCCGGAUGGGCAGUCUCACCGUGGGGUGUUCAGCAAGCUGCUCAACAGCCUCCGCAGGAGCGGCUUCCUUACAGAUGACCUGGUGAGUCAGGAGGACAAUGGUGAUCAGCAGAAGUACCUGGGCGUGUGCCGCCUGCCCGGGCCAGCGCAGCGUCACCGCCGGCUCGACAUCAUCGUGGUGCCGUACCGGGAGUUCGCCUGUGCCCUGCUCUACUUCACGGGCUCGGCUCACUUCAACCGCUCCAUGCGCGCCCUGGCCAAGACCAAGGGCAUGAGCCUGUCGGAGCACGCGCUCAGCUCGGCCGUGGUGCGAGGCCCUGGGGGUGCCAAGGUGGCAUCUGGCCAUACUCUGCCCACCCCCACCGAGAGAGAUGUCUUCAUUCAGCUGGGGCUGCCUUACCGGGAGCCCUCCGAACGGGACUGGUGAUGCCUGCUCGUCACCCUGGGCUUGCUGCUGUGCUGCUGCUUUGAAGGAUCUGAUUUCCCCAGUGGUGGAAAAGCUCUGUGGUGCCUGCAGCCUGAGGAACAUGUCCCAGCAAACUGGGGCUCCUUGCAAGUGUGAGGCCUGGCUGCUGGGCAGAGCUCUGUGGCUUCCUCAGCAGAGGCUGUGGGCUGGAACCACACUGGAAGUGCUCUCUUGGUGUGGCUACCAAAAGGGCUCACUGCCCAUCAGCUACCCUGGGCCUGCUCUCCCCAACUUUGGAAGAUUGGGUUGCAAAACCUUGUGAUCCAUCCCCUGACAGUACUUGGGAACAAAGGAAGUGGGA